AAGAUAAAUGGUGCAAGAAGUUCAGCUAAUUGUAAAAAGAACAAAGAGCCUCUCUGUUUCCAGUGCAGCCAUCAUCGCCAUCGUCAGUGCCAUCGAUGCCAUCGCGAGCAGUGCGACCAAUGAACAGUUGCGGAAUUCAUGAGGUCUAUGUUUAUUCGUUUUGACGUAUGAUUUCAUAAGAUGUUAUUAUGCGUCGUUUCUCAAGUGUCACUCGCGAGAAGUAGUCGCGCGAGGUGCGGGCGGCCGUCCACCGAUCUUUCGUAAUCGUCGGGUUGGAAGGAAUUUAUGAAAAAUGGCAGAUGUCAGGUUGCUCAUACAAGAGGAGGGUCGUGCAGCCAGGAACUUAGUAGCCUUUAACGUACCCGUUGGCACAAAUAACGUAGAGAAAAUUACAAAGAAACCACCCAGUGUACCAAGACAGAUACAAUCAAGUUCGACAAAGCGAUCCAUGAAACCAACCACAAGAGUAAGGUCUGCUUCUACAGGUCGUGAUAAAAAGUCUGAAUUACAGGCACGGUACUGGGCGUUUCUAUUUGGGAAUUUACAAAGAGCAGUCGAUGGUAUCUAUCAAACGUGCGAUGAAGAUGAAAAUAUCUCUGAGUGCAAAGAAGUUAUUUUAGUGCUUGAAAAUUAUACUCGAGACUUCCAUAAUUUAAUAGAAUGGUUUAAAGUUAAGUGGGCUUAUGAAAAUUCAGCACCACCGUUACGACGAACUCCAUUGGCCUGGGAAGUUAGGAAAACAUCUCCUUGUCGGAUGUGGAAUUCAACGAUAAUUCCAAAGUCCACUAGUCCCUUGCAGAGAUCAAGUCCGACAGAAUCAGUUUGCAAAAGUCCAGUUGACCAAAUCAUAUGUGAAAAUAAACCGAUUGUAACAGACAAUAAAGUUAAUCAUGCUAAAGAGGAAUUUGUCCAUAAAUUGUUAAAAGAUAGUAAAAACAAUGUUUGCAAGAAUUGUUCUUCCGAUAUUAAAGAGAAACGUAAGAAUGGAGCAGAUAAGACAGGAAAUCAAAUAGCAAAUAAGGAAAAAUCCAUGUCAACGAAAACAUCUAACAAAGUUCUUGUGAAACAAACAGUACAAUCUAAAACUAAUAGCUUUGUGGAUCGUAGGACAUUAAUUGAUAGUGUAACGUAUGAUUCGAAGAAUAAAAUGGACGUCAAAAAUAUUUCUAAACAAACAAAGGACUGUUUGCAUAGCAACAUUGUAAAACUAGUUGAUUCUAAUUUAUCUGUAGAAAAACGAGAACAAACGUGUAGAAGUGAUAAAAAUGUUCAGCUGAGUUCAUGUCCUAAUUGUGAACUUAUGCAAAAGGAAUAUAAUGGAGUGAACGUUAAGGAUGGUAAGACAGAUGGAAAAAGUAUGGAUAGCAAAUUAUCGUAUAAUAAAAAUAACGGAUUGGGAAAGAAUGAAAUUAAUACCAAAGUUAAAAAAGAUAGUAAUAGAAAGUUCGAAAGUAAUGUUAAUGCUGAAAAGUUAAGUACAAAGACAGCCAUUGUUCAGAGUACUUCAGAAAAGAUAAAUCAGGUUGAUUGCCAAAUAAAUAAACAAAUUGGCGAUAAAUCAAGUACUAAAGAUAUUCAGAAUGCAUCAUCUAACAACAUUGAUAAAAAUCCUGUGAUAAUUAGCACAGAUAGACCAGCCUAUUCAACAGUGUCGCAGACAAAAAGAUCCAAAGAACAGUCGUCAAUUUCCGAAACUCCAAAGUUUGUUAGAAGUAAAACUUGUUUAAGUGAUAAAAAUUUAUCUGCCUCAAGUAAAAGAAGGCCUGGAACAUCUGUUAUUGUGAGAGGACGAUUUCAAACUCCUGAAAAUAAGUUAUCAGAACAAAAUACUUUAAAAAAAGAUCAAAAUAGAGACAUGAACGGAUCAGUAGAAGUUUUAACCAAGCAAACAGUAUCUCCAAAGUUAAAAGAUGAAAGCGAUGGCUGGCAAACAGUAAGAAACCGUUGCAGAAGAGGAAGCACUCAUAACUUGAAUAUGUCUACACGCUUUCAUAAACCAAGUACCGCUCUAUCUUUACCAGCUCUAUCAAUAGAAAGUCCAUCAGAGAAGCUGAAGAAAACUAAUUACACUCCUGAUGAAAACAAACAAAAGAAAAAAUGUAUUGUAGGUAAAACUGGCAAAAAUAUGAAUAAUGAGGUUGAGAAAGUUAAAGGAGAAUACAUAACAUCUACGAUUAAGAGUAAUCUUGAAGACACACUUAAAAAGAACACAAUAAGUUUGUGUGAUACUAAUUCGACAUCAGUAAUCGCAGCUAUCUUUAAGAAUGAUGCAGAAUUACUUGAGAAACGUAUACAACAGUUUAUGACCGCUCAGGCAGAGAGGGAAAGAAUUAUCUUAGAGGAAGAGAGGAAGACGGAAGAAGCAGAUUCUCAAAGAUCUCAACAGCUAUCAGAUGAAGAGGCGUCCUUAAAACGGCAGAUUUUGGAGUUGGAGUCCACCGAAAUUGAUAUUGACACUGAAACAGAUGAAACGGAUGGUGAAAUGGUUCUCGAAAUGGAAGACGAGCCUGCAGUACCGCUUAGUGUGGUCACUGAUGAUAUUAGUUUAGAAGAUAGGUAUGGAAAUAUGUUAGAAGGAAUGUCUUGGGCGGAACGAGUCGAUACUCUUGCACAAUUGCGUGCAUUAGUAGCUCGCCAUCCCGGACGUGCUUUAGAACUGCAUCAGAAACUUUCAUCUCCAUCACGAAAAAGAUCGCUUCCUGAAACAUUAAGAAGAUAUCAAGCAAAACAAGCAUGUGCUCAACACAAACGUCAAAAGCUACUUAUGGAGAAAUCGCAACGGUUGCGAGAAUUAUUGAACAAAGUGGAAGACGUCAAAAGUGCAAAGAAUCAGUUAAUAGAGGACAAAAGAAUCAGAAUGGAAAUGAAACUUAAGAGGGCAGAAGAAAACAGAACACAACAUUUGUUAGAAAUAGUAAGAAAAGCACAUGAUGAAGAUUCGAAGUUGAAGGAAAUAGCUUUUAUCAAUGAACUGGAGGCACAAAAUAAGAGACACGAUUUUAUGGCAUUAUGUCAAGAACAAGAAGAGAGAUUACAGGGUAUUCAAGAAGAACGUCAACGGCGACAAGAGGAGAAAGCUGCCAAAGAAGCUGCAGCUGAAGAACGUCGAAGGGCUUUGGAGGCAGAGCGGCAGUUACGAAUACAAAAAAUGAAACAGGCACGACGAGAACGUGAGGAAAGGGUUGGCAAAAUGCAACUUGAAAGAGAAAAAGAACGACAAGAACUAGCGAGAGAAAAAGCACGAGAUCGCGAAGAACGCUUGUCGGCACUUCAUGCAGCUCAACUGGCUAAUCAGGAAGAGCUACAGAAGAAAAUAGCGCAAAAACAGCAAGAAUCCGCUAGACGGCAUGUGGAAAACAUUGAGCACAUUCGGCAACGUGCGGUUGAAUCGUCAAUUUUAAGAUCGGAGGAAGUGCCACCUACUCUCAAAUCGUAUCCUGCUCAAAAACAAUGUUCUCUGUGUGGCACAAUUAUAUCUAAUGAAGUGCAUCUUCUAAGUCACUUGAAAGGAAAGACGCAUCUUGAGGCAGUACGAAACGCGCAUGAUAACCGUGAGCCAUCGCGAGAUGAACUUCAGCGUUUUAAUAUUGCACAGAUACGGGACGUUCCUGUCACCGUAGUUAAUAAUAAUAACGCAAACAAUAGCAAGGCUGUGAAAGAGAAGCAAAAAGCGCUGAAACGCCGGUGCAGAAAGAUAAAACAACGCAUGAGCUCACGCGGACAGGAAUGGGAAGAUAAAUAUAAAAGUGAGACUAAUCAAAAUUUAUCUGUCGAAUCGGCCAAUAAAGCCAAAUUUCGGCGGAAUUUGAAAGAAUUAGACAGAUUAUAUAAUAAUCAUUCCAAAUCAGCAUGGUCAAACAUAGCAUUGGCUACUUUGGAACGCUGCUUAGGGGAAAUUGUUCGAGCGUUCUCCAAAUCGUGUCCACUUGAUCAAGAUACUUUCAGAUAUUUGAAUGGAUUUGAUACUUUAACGAAUUUAUUGAAUUUAGGUUUAAAUACACAAAAUGCAUCUCACAUUUUACCGAAUAAAGUGAUUACAUCGCUGUGCCGAGUUUACAAGGCAGGGGUCAGUGGAAACACGGAAAGCACAGAAGCUAUUUUAUUAAGCAACAAAAUUCUUGUUAUACUAGAUCUACUUCUACAACGUUUAGAGACUCUGACUAGUCUCGACGACCACGCUCAGACUCAGGAUGUAUCCGCCAAUUCAACCGGAAACGGUACAGUAGCCGCCAGUGCGACGCAAUUGCUGUGCAGCUUGAUCCCUGAAGAGCCCUUUGAGAAAACGGUCUUGCAGACUCGCGUUCAAGAUAUUGCCGGAUAUCUGGUAGCUGGCAGCUUAGUGGAUCGCGUGUCACGCCACAGUCGGGCCCUGAUCGAGACGGAUUUUUUUCUGGAUCAGGAGCAUGAGUCGCCGUUGCUGGUAUCGUCUUACGAUCUCCUCGCACGUAUCUGCAGUCAUUUGAGGAGGUCCGUCGAUCAAGAUACUGUCAGCGUGCAUGGCGAGAGCAGCAGCGGUGUCGAGCAAACGAGUAACGAGUCGCACUUGUUGUCGACUUUGUCGACGACUGAGGCAUCGAGUGCGAUCGGCGCUCUUUAUGCGGCGGUCGCGUACACGCCGCAGAAUCAGAAAGGUGCUUCGCCCACCCCUAACCAGACAUUUACGGCCGCCGUGCGGACCCUGGCCAGCCACGGCCUUAAGCUCCUUAAAUCGAUCGCAGAACUCGAUCUUCGGACGCUGCAGAGCUUCUUGGGCGCCGAGGGCACGAGCCUGCAAUGGCGACUGAUAGCGAGUCAUCUAAUAAUUCGACUGUCCCGCGACUCUUUGUCGGACAAAUCGGAGGUGGGCUCUAUGCCGAAUACAAGCGGUAUUCACAUCCUCUCGGAAUUGUUUGUGGUGCUCGGGUACUUCUCCCUUAACAAUCCGGACAAUCAGCUGGUUCUCCAAUCGGCUGGCGCGGGCCCCAGUGUCCUCCAGCAGCUGUGUACUCUGCCGUUCCCGUUUUACGGAGAUCCCAGAUUGAUACCGUACACGUUACCGGCACUUCUGGCCGCUACCCAUCACAAUUCGGAAGCAAUGGCGAUAUUGUCUUGUGAAAUGUCGUACGAGUUACUGGAGCAGUACAGAAAUUCGGAUGAAGGUAAAUUAAAUCCUUUAGUGCGUUUGCUGAAGGAUACUGCCUAGUCGUUGACUACGUUUAGUAGGUUCCACUAAAGGUUUGAUUAGUUUAAUUUUGUUUCUUAGAGCUUAUUAAACAUCAUUAGACAUUAUAGUUUGCGCGUGUCAUUAACGAAAUCAUCGAUAGGAUCGUUAUAUCGAAUAAUCGCUUCUUCGACGAAAUAACAGAAAAAUAAAGAUUGAAAGAUUGCCUCGAAUGCAAUUCACAGCCGCUUGUAUCCGAUUAUUGCACAAUUAGAGAUUGAAUCUCGAUAACGCUAAUUUCUUUCUAGUGAAUACUUUCUAGUAUAUACGUGUACAUACGUGUAUGUCUCUUCUCGAGAAUGAAAGUCAAUUUGAGAGUUAAAUUUACUCAGAAGUAACGCGAACAAGACGAAAGUACGUGUACUUUAAUUUAGACUAGUGCUUCCCGAACCAUUUCGGUCGCCUAUUUACGUCUGCGACAUACUGAUGGAACACGCAUGCAUAUUCUGUUUUACAAACUUGCGGUAUGCAUCGUUUCGCUUCUACAAAGUAUCCUAGUAUCAUUCUGGAUUUUUCAACUAAAAUAUUUUUUUUUAUCAAUAUCGGAUUGCUUUAAUCCUCUACCGUACAAUUCUCUACAAAGUACGCGUAUUAUAAAAUUGUUUGAGAUAUGUUUCGGGAAAUACUGAUUCAACUGUGCGAUACUUGUCACGAUGUCAGAAUAAAAAAGAGAAUAUAUGCAAGCGCGCGUUUGCCAAAUCCGAAGGAGGAACAAAAUUAUGAGUUACAUUUCCGAAUAAUCGCUUAGUUGAGGACUGUUGUUUUGUUAUACGUAACGCGGGAUAAUUUAUGCAUCAGAGACUUACGGUCGAAAUUACCUGUCGCCUCGCUGAACGAAUGACGACAGGAAACAUCACGAUGAUCGCUCCCUAAUUCUUUAGGCUAGACUUAAGUAGGUUCUCGAUUGAAAUUAUCGCACUCGUGAAUUAUCAUCUUGAAUAAUAUAUUUUUACGUAUGUUCGAUAAAUUAAAAAAAUACGAAACUCAAUAAAUUUUCCUUAUUUUUUUUCCGAUAUUAGGAAAAGCAAUGCACGUGAAUAUUCUAUCGUUCUAAAUUCUAAGAUUGUUUCAUAUAUAAAUUUAGCUUCCGUCAAUAUAAUAAGAGCGUUAGAGAUAUAAUAGAGGAUACGACGAGGAGUAAUCGAACGAAACACGCGGAUUAUCCGUGAAUCUAGUCCUUUUAAUAUUAACAGAUCUUUGCAAUCUGUGUGUAUCUCGUACUGUAUUUUUUACCGUCCGUUUCCACGCGUGCCAAUCUGUCAUGCAAAGAUGUGUCUUCAAAUGGGCCUUUGAUAUAGUAAUCGUCGCGUGGCACGGCCCGAUAGAAGUAGGAAAAUAUUUGUGCGUAUGUUAGCCACGUAAACUCUACCCGGGUAUAAAGUUUUUAUCGAACUUGAAUUUACGCGCACGCGCGCGUUGCGCGUUCAUUAUACGAAUAACAUUUUCCCUGAUAAAAAAAUCGAAUUUAGGAAAUAUUUAUCGUUCGGACGACAAGUAAAGAAUAAUUGAUUAUAUUAUUUAUUUAGUAUAGAUGGUACGAGUUUUCGUGGCUGCAACAGAUGCAUUCGUGCAAUGUCCUGCCAAUGCAAUUUAUAUUUAAGUAUUAUAUUAAUGUAUGGAGUAUCU